AUUCGCCACUCACUGCUCCUCCAUCAUCAUCCCCAGCCAGCGUCUACUAUCUUCUUAUUCUCCCACGCUGUUGGUUUUUUUUUUGGCUGUUGACUGCCUUUGUACACAACCGACCGUGCGAAAAGGUCCCUCCACCAACAAGGUCCACCGAUCACCACCAAGGUCCUACUGCUCGCAAGGCGAGUUGCAAAGUCCAGAGGUCUCGCCUCGGGUGCAUCCUCGAGCCUCGCUACAAUGUCCGAAGACGAUCCCUCUUCCCUUCCUCUCGCCCCGCUAGACCUCUUACUCAAUGCUAUCGGCAAUGACAGUCCCACCGAUGACUUUAUAGGGAGCAUGUUGGGCACCGGAUCGACUAUACGUAAACGGAAGCGUGGGCUCAUCGAGGUCAACAUACAACGAUCCAAGAUCCAAAAGACAAUCACUAAGCAUCUCACGGCUGAUUCUUUUGGCUUCUCCAAAGUCAUCGUCUGGCACCCUAAUACGGCUCAAAAGAGUUAUCGUCAGGAGAAGAGGAUGCUUAAUCCACCUCCGAUAUUGCGCGUCUCCGGACCUAUCCUCCCAGUUCUCACUUCUGUCUCCCUCACCCCGACCAUCGACUCCCUUCACAUGAAGACUCAGACGCAUCAUAUCCCGCUCUUAACGGAAGAGCCCAGAUCGGAGGGCAAAGUCAAUAAAGAAAAGAUGAUAAGGGAGACCGCUGCGAAGUCUGGAUUCGGUGCUGGACUCGGGAGAGCCAAGGCCUUUUCAAGAGAACGUCAAGCACUGAGUGAUGGACUCGCUUUCCCCGCCCUUUGGGUCAACGAAUCCAUUGGCAAGCUCAAGGAAUUCAAUCUCGAAUUACUUCUAGGCAGUCCCGGUCAGGAUCCUGAAUCAGCUGCGCAAGUGGUACAGGAGCCCAGUCAGCUGCCGGCCGAGGAGACAGCUGCCGUCCCUGGUCUCGCAGUUGGGGAAUCCGGUGCUCAAGACCAAGCCGCGGAAGACAACGCCCUCAUCGAUCCUGCCAUUGUGGACACCGAACCUACUACUGCGGAUGCACCACCAGUCGCCCCAAAACCUUCAGUCUGGGCGACGUUUCCCUCCCUCCCCCUCUCAGUAGUAUCCAAACCCUCCCAAAAGACGGUCAAGGCUAGAAACAUUGCUUCGUGCCUGCGAGACAGCGACUCGUUCGCCCUGUGUUGUCGGAUUAACAGUCAGUCAGUGCGUACAAAAUACCUCAAGAUUGAUGCCGGUCCUCGUCUCGCUUCGCGCACAGGUCAAUGGACGCCAUUCAAAUUCGACGUGAUCACGCGUGCUUCUCCGCCAGACGUCAACACCAAACGGCCUCGAUUUGCUGGUCAGGUCGAGCCGAAUGACGUCUUGACAUAUGGGAGUAUUGUCUCACUGGUGGACGUUCAGUCGGGAAUUCGCAGUGAGCCCAUGAAAGUGGUCAAGGUCGAGCACAACGAAGUAUUGGAUGACCGUGACGGUCAUCCCAUCAGCGAACUACAGCGAGUUGCCUUUCUCCGUCAACACGGUAACGACGACCGGCCGAGGUGGUUCCUCAGUGCUCCAGGCGCCAGAGCGGGCGGUGGUGAACUCUUAUCCGAACAGCCAGGUGGCAAGCGUCGGAAGAAGGACGAAGUACCCACGAACGAUGCCUUGGUCGAACAGACCCUGAACGGCCUUGCAAGCGAAUCAGACGACAGACUGGCCGAAGCUGGCCUCCCGGAAGACGUAAGAGAGGCCCUGAUGGAGAUGGUGAGCAAGGGGGAGCAUCUGCCAAAACGACCCAAGACGAAACGUAACGCAUUGGCCAUGGCCACGCUAGCGGAGCACGAGGGUACAGGUUUGCAAAAUGCCUUGGAGUGGAUGCAAGCGAGUACAGAAGAAAGAACUGUCGAAGGUGUCACUCAGGAAUUCGAGUCUGUUCCUGACUGGAUGAGUUACAUCAUCACUGGGAUCUCUUCGUUCUCCUUUUCAUUCUUUGACGGGAUGCAAUACGAUAUGCUGCCUCGUUUCGAUAUGCCUCUGGAUCCAAUCCCACGCAUCCUCGCUGAACCACUGUACCAUCACGAUCUGCAAGUGGUGGAUGUCAUCUUGUCGGAAUAUCACCUCAUGGAUUCCCCUCUGGACGUUUAUCUCGGUCCCAUUGGACCGCUGUCUGUGACCAUUUGGAGAUCGACAGCUCCGCUAGAACGAAUGAUGCUCAAGCCUGGCCAGCAGCAUACCGCGGUUUCGCUAGACGCGGAGCCUCUGACGACUGUCCAAGCGCCUUUAUCUGAUUUUCCCGGAGCAACACCACACGUCCUUGUUCGAGUGGAGAUGCCGGAUGCCGAUACGAUUAUCAGCGUGAUGAAAUCCUGCGCGGCGGCCAAAGAACCCAAAGCGCCAGCGAUCGAGGUGGAAAAUGAUGGAUGGCCAGUGGACGAGACACAAGCUAUUCAAGAAGCUCUGAAGAAUGCAGAGGAAGCUUUCAAUCAAGACCAAAACCAGCAGCAACAAGUCGUCGAUUCAAUCGACAGGGUUUUUGAGACGGAGGAUAUGCCUAUCGAUCCAUCGAUCAUGGUGGAGCAGAGUACGGAUGGCCAAGCGGACCCGACAUUGGAGGCGACGGAGGCGAUGGAAGGAGACAAUGUGGAUCAACCACAACACGAGAUGCUAAUUGACAACACGGAGCUGGAGGCAAGAAAUCCAACUUCUUGUUCUACCAUGGUCCAAUUGAGUACCCCUGUCAAAGAGGAGAGACGGACGGAUUUCGUACCGUUACCAUUCUUGUUAUUGAGGAGUGAUGGUGUGGGUUUCGGAAUGGGAAAGAGCGUCGUCGCGGAGAGAUUUCCAGAUGAAAGUCAGUCGAGUGAAACGGCCAGAUGGGGUCUCCGAGUAGUACCGACAUGAUAGGCAUGACAUGCAAUCUACAGUCGGGCGGCGGUGGGCUAAGCUCCUAUAACAAUUGUAUUUGGGUGAAUGUGACAGGGCUCCUGAUGACACUUCAC